CAUAGCCUUCAACAAGAACAGAACAAAAUAAGGAGAAACUAUGAUAGGAUGACUAUGGGCUUAAUCUUACUCAUCAUCCUCAACUGCAACUCAUUUGUCCUUCAAUUUCAAUUUGUCAAUUAAAACUCAUUAAGUAUUUAUUUGUGUCACAAUAUUCCCCAUGCAUGAUAAUGUGCAUCAGUUGUAAAUUGAGAGAGAGUGGGUGGAAUAAAGUUAUUUACUGUGUAAAAAACAAAAAUGAUAAAAAAAUUAAUCUGAAUGUUGCAGAGAAUUUCCAGCAAGAGAGAUGCAGUUAAGAAGAUAAUACUAAGAACAUUAAAGCUUCUAUUUUGGGGAAUUCUGUUGCAAGGAGGGUAUUCGCAUGCGCCUGCUGAUCUCACUUAUGGUGUUGACAUGAAGUCUAUCAGAUGGUGUGGCAUUCUCCAGAGAAUAGCAUUGGUAUACAUGUUUGUGGCUCUGAUAGAGACUUUAACCAUCAAGCAAAGACAAACUGUUCUGCAGCCUAACUAUUUCACCAUUUUCACUGCAUAUCAAUGGCAAUGGAUUGGAGGGUUUGUUGCUUUCCUCAUUUACAUGGUAACGACGUAUUCACUCUAUGUUCCGGAUUGGAGUUUCAUUGGAUAUGAAGAUCAUGAAGCAUACACAGUAAAGUGUGGGAUGAGGGGACACUUAGGACCAGCUUGCAAUGCUGUUGGUUAUGUAGAUAGAGAAGUUUGGGGCAUUAAUCAUCUGUAUCAAUUCCCUGUCUGGAGCCGAUUAAAGGCUUGCACUCUUAGCUCUCCAGGUUCUGGACCUCUUCGCGAGGAUGCUCCUAGUUGGUGUCGUGCUCCAUUUGAACCCGAAGGCUUGUUAAGUACAAUCUCAGCCAUCCUGUCUGGCACCAUUGGCAUACAUUUUGGACAUGUUCUGAUUCAUUUCAAGAAUCACUCUGAGAGGCUCAAGCAAUGGGUCUCAACGGGAUUUGGUUUACUUAUUAUUGCUAUUAUCCUUCAUUUUACAGAUGCAAUUCCUAUCAAUAAACAGCUGUAUAGCUUCAGCUAUGUCUGUUUCACUGCCGGUGCAGCAGCAAUUGUGUUUUCCGGUUUCUAUAUACUGAUUGAUGUUUGGGGAUUGCGAACUCCAUUUUUAUUCUUGGAAUGGAUAGGAAUGAAUGCAAUGCUGGUUUAUGUGAUGGCUGCACAAGGUAUCUUUGAAGGAUUUAUCAAUGGAUGGUAUUACAAGUCACCUGACAACACACUAGUCUACUGGAUUCAAAAACAUGUGUUUGUAAAAGUUUGGCACUCAGAAAGGUUAGGGACACUCUUAUAUGUGAUAUUUGCACAAAUCACAUUCUGGGCAGUAGUUGCUGGAAUCUUGCAUAGAUUGAGAAUAUACUGGAAGCUUUGAGAAGUUAAAAUUGCGAAAAGUUAUAGUGAUAUAGAAUAGCUGCUUGUAACACUUGUAAAAUUCACAUAAAUGAUUACAAUGUUGAAGAUUGAUUUGUCGUGUUACACAGGCUUAGUUGAAACGACAAUUAGGGUUUCAAUCUCCUAUUAAAAUUUUAAAUCUCUGUAUGCUUUUUAGUCUGAUGACUGACAAAUCAAAUGAGUCUAAAGUAACAUUAUGGAUUA